AUGCUGAGUGUUGUUUUACUGGCGAUCGCGAUUCCUUAUGGACUACGUAUCUAUCGGAUCAUUUUCUUGCUCUUUCCCAUUGCACGCGUCAUCCAACCAAUUGAAGAUUUCCCAUACAAUUGUGAGCGCUUUGAGCAUCCUCUUCUGGAAGGAUGCGAAGAUAUCUGGGUAGACCAUCAGAGUCGAAAGCUUUAUGCAGCUUGCUCAACGAUCGCAACCCGAACAGGGUGGAGCCCUGGUGGAGACAUGUUUAAUGUCUCUGCAAGGGACCAACUAGAUCACAUUUCGGUGAUGGAUAUUGAUGAACCUGGAUCGGAUGGUUUGUACGGAGUUCGGCAAUUGAAAGUCGGGACCGCAUAUAAAGACAGCCUGGAUCUACAUGGAUUCGAUGUUCGUCGAAUUGGAGAUCAGCUUCGAUUCUGGCUGAUCAAUCAUAGACCGCCCAUGGAGCCUGAGACUGGGGGGCCCUUGGACGCUUUCAAGGUUGGUGCCAAUUCGACCAUCGAGAUUUUUGAUCUGAACCAAGCAACAAAUACAUUGGAGCAUUUGAAAACCAUUGUUAGUGUCGCAAUUGUGACCCCAAAUGGACUGGCCGUCGAUGCGGAUGGAGUCGGAUUUGCAGUCACCAAUGACCAUACCACCAAAUCCGGGCUGUAUCGGGCCCUGGAAUUGCUAGUGGGGGGCGGAAGUGUCAGCUACUGUAAUUCGGACUCUGGGGAAUGUCAGAUCGUCACCCGAGAGAACUGCAAUAUGGCUAAUGGAAUCGUCAACAUUGGCAAUGGACAAUUUCUGGUUUCACAAUCCGGGACAGGUGUUGUGGUUGCUUAUCAAUUGCAUGGCGAGAGGAUGAUCCAAACUGGUAUUCUGGAUCUUGAAGUCCCACUCGAUAACUUGUCACUUGACCCCGAAGGUAAUAUCUUUGUCGCUGCAUUUCCAAAUGUCCGAUACUUGUGGGAGGCGAUGCGGAACCCCUACACCGUUUUCUCACCCGCCGCGGUCUUCAAGAUCUCACCGCAGGCCUUGCGAGCGGAGAGGCAAAGUAACAAGGAGUUCCCAGUUCUCAAGGUUGUGGAGGACCGAGACGGCAAAAGGCUACCAACGACCACGGUAGCCGUGCACGAUGCAAAGACCAAUCGAUUGUUCUUGGCUGGAGUCACUUCACCCUUUAUAGGGAUAUGCAUGAUGGGGAGUCUGUAG